AUGGAUAUGAAUAACAUGAAAGGAAAGGUAGACCAGAUGUUGGAGGCUAGGCUAGCCCAAUCAAAGAACAAUUUUCAACAUGGUGUCACAAAGAAUGUUGGUUCCUCAUCAGGAUUUACUGUAAUUACCAACCCAAUGUAUGACCCUCUGUCUGACUAUAAUCCUCCACAAGUGAACAUUCCUACUCAAUCCCAGUUGAUGCCAUUGACCAACCCUGAUGUUGAAAGGCUUCAUGCCCUUGAGGAGAGAGUCCGAGCAAUGGAUGUAAAUGACAAUUUUAGGUUUGAUAUGUGCUUAGUACCAGGCCUAAUAAUCCCCCCGAAAUUCAAAUUACCCAACUUCGAGAAGUACAAAGGGGAUAGUUGUCCAAGGCAACAUUUAGUGAUGUUCUUCCGAAAAAUGGCAUCACAUACUCACGAUGACAAGCUGAUGAUUCACUAUUUUCAAGACAGUUUGAUUGGAGCAUCAUUGAGCUGGUAUAUGAAAUUGAAAAGAAGCCAUAUUCAAUCAUGGGAAGACUUAGCCAAUUCUUUUUUGAAGCAGUAUAACUACAACUUGGACAUGGCUCCAGACCGAAGGCAACUGCAAAGCUUAUCCCAAAAGAGCAACGAAUCUUUCAAAGGAUAUGCACAACGAUGGAGAGAAUUGGCAGCCCAAGUGCAACCACCACUCUUGGAUAAGGAACUGGUUGACUUAUUUAUGUAUACCUUGCAGAGUCCUUACUUUGAAAGGAUGGUAGGCAGUGCGUUAUCAGACUUCGCCCACUUAGUGACAAUUGGAGAACGCAUCGAGAGUGCCCUAAAAAGCGGAAGAUUCCAAGGCGCCUUGAGCAGCCAAGCUAGCGAGACAGAAUCCCUCAACAAUUCCCAAAAGGAAGAAGAGGAUGAAACCAAUGCAGUCAUAACAGAUGUUAGGUAUCCGCAUGGUGCACCAGCAAGACCUUAUGAUUCGUUAUCUUUUCAGCGCUCACCAGUUCCAACACCAUGUUAUCCUUAUAGGCAACCAGCAACGCCGAGAGCACCAUACCAGCAACCAUGGUAUGCUCCUUACGCAAACCAACGAUCUCGUGGCCGAGGAUAUCAAAAUCAGCCUUUGAACCAAUCUAGGCCUCGAAACAAUCUGGAAAGAAGGAAUGCUCCUCUCGAUUCAAUUCCUAUGUCAUACAGUCAACUUCUUCCAUAUCUGAUUCAAAACUCUUUGGUGGAUCCCAAGCCUCUCAGGCAAUUGCUAGAACCAUACCCACCGGGAUAUGACCCUGAUGUGCAAUGUGGAUAUCAUGCCGGGUCAAUAGGGCACUCGACUGAAGAGUGUAACGCUUUCAAAGCCAAGGUUCAACAGUUGAUUGACAAAAAGUACAUAUCCUUUCCAGACAGAAAUCUGUUGGUGCACGUCAACCUCUCGUCUGGAUAA